AUGGAUGGUGACAUUACAGAAGAGGUUGACAAGUUAAUGAACCUGCAGCAGCAAAAAUCUGCUGCACUAUCGGUUCAAGGCAUUUCUUUGUGGGAGGUUGAAGUGAGUUAUGAGUUCGGUGUACGGAGGCUUGUUGAUCUCGAAAACAAAACAUGCUCAUGUCUAGAGUUUCAGACAUUGAAAUACCCUUGCCGACAUGCAAUGGCCGCGGCUAGGCUUCGCCAAGUGGAAUACAGCAGUUUGGUUGAUCCAAUUCUUAAGAAAUCAAUUUGGAGUGCAACGGUUUCUGGCAAAAUCCUACCGGUGCCCGACCCUGACGACAUUCGUAUCCCAGCAGAGGUGCGUGACCUUAUUAUUAUGCCACCUAAGGCAAAGCGUCCAUCAGGAAGGCCUACGACGAAGAGAAAACUUUCAGCAGGAGAGUAUCCUCAGGUUGCGAAAAAAAAGAAGCCAAACAAAUGCUCUAGAUGUGGAAAUGCCGGCCAUAACCGGGCAAAAUGCAAGGAACCAUUGGGUUGA